AGUCUGCUGGCAGCGGCUCAGAUCGUUACCGACCCGCUCUCCGCUGCUGCUGCCGCCGCCGCCGCCGCUGCCUCCGCGUAUUUACUCUGUCAAGCUCCUCUUCCUCCCCUCAUGCUCAGCUUCUCGUCGGAGCGCUCCUGUCAGGUCGACGGUGGGGACGGACGGACGACGGCGGCCAUGGAGCAGAAGCCGUGCGUCGAAUACCAUGACCUGGAGGCCGCCGAGGCUCUCGUCAGCAUGAGUUUCUGGGGUCAAAGGUUGCACAAGCCCCGCCCACUGACCCCCACCUCCGACUCCUGUGACUCCAUCCAGCUCCACCCGGAGGGAGGAGAUGCCCCCAAAGACCUGAUCGCCCUGUCCUCCCUGUGUAUGACUCCACCUCACAGUCCAAGUUUCGCUGAGGCCUCCACCACGGCUGUCCUCACCACCACCACCUCCUCCUCUCUGAGCCCCACCACCAGACAGGUCAUGUCCCGCCCCAGCCUCGCUGUCUACCCCACCCUCAUCAGCGACUCCCACACCUGCCUCCCCCAGCCCUCCUCCUCCCCCGUCACCUCAGAGACCUCAGCACUUCCACCUUACACAGAGUCGUCCUGCGUGGCUCCGCCUGGCAGAGCGAUGGCCACCAGCGUCAUCCGCCACACCGCCGACAGCCUCAGCCUUCCUACGCCUCCACCUGCCAACCAGCCAACAGAAACCUCCAUGUCACCUCUUCCGGGAACUCCAGAGACACCUCCAGCGGAGAAGGUUUUACCUCCUCCAUCUCCUGAAAUCCCGUCCUCUCCUCCCUCCGCAGCGUCUCCUCCUCACUCCGCCCCGCUGUCUUCCUCUACGGUCUCCUCCUCUCCGGUCCUCUGCCAGGUUUUCCCAGUGAGCAGCCGGACGGGGAUGAUCUCAGCCUUCGUUCAGGCUCCGGUUCAGGUGCAGACUCAGGGGGGACCCAAACCCAUCCUGCCCCAGUCUCCUGCUUCCAGCUUCGCUCAGCCUCUGUUGGUGGGCUCCGCCGUGCCGCAGGGCACCGUGAUGUUCGUGGUGCCCCAGCCACCCGUCUCCCAGACAUCGCAGGGCCCGCAGACUGUCAUGACCCUGGGCAACACCAAGCUCCUUCCCCUGGCCCCGGCUCCAGUUUAUAUGCCGUCAGGAGCAAGCAGCGGCGCCUCGCAGGCCGACUUCUCCCGCAGGCGAAACUACGUUUGCACCUUCCCCGGCUGCAAGAAGACCUACUUUAAGAGUUCACACCUGAAGGCUCACCUGCGCACACAUACAGGUGAAAAGCCGUUCAGCUGUCACUGGGAGGGCUGCGACAAAAAGUUUGCCCGCUCCGACGAGCUCUCCCGCCACCGCCGAACGCACACUGGCGAGAAGAAGUUCGUCUGCACCGUGUGCGACCGGCGCUUCAUGCGCAGCGACCACUUGACCAAACACGCCCGGCGGCACAUGACCACCAAAAGGGCGUCAUCAUGGCCCACCGAAACCCGAGACCUCAGCAAGGGCGCCCUGAACAAGGGCCAAAACAGGGGCCCCGCGCUUCCUGUCAGUAUGUUGGUCCCCACCGCCAACUAACAGACUCACAGAGCCCACAGGGCCAACUCAGGACCCCGGGGGGGGAUGAAACGACCGCCAACCGGACUCUCAAAGUAAAAAUGUGUGGUUGUUUCAAUCAGCUCCACCAGCCACAUCAGGACGAUGUUUUCUACUCUACCCGUCAUCGGGCCCCGGCUACGUUUACAAGACUCUCAGAACAGGGUCAGAAAAACCUGGGGAAAUCAGAUUAGGAAUUUCUUGUUAAGAUGGCCGUCCUACUGAGUGUUCAAGUACUCGGAUCCUUUAAUCAAGUAAAAGUACUUUGUAUUCAUGCCACAGUAAUUAAAUGAUUAAGAGUAUUUGUAUAAGAUCCGAGUGCUGCCAUUGUCUGGUUAAUAUCAUAUAUCACGUAGACGGAGCUGACAGCUGAGGACAGCGAGUUUCCCGCCCUGCUCAGGACAUUUUAUUCCCAUGAACCACAAACUCACCGCUGGAGGACAUGAAGGCGGCAGGCUGCUAUUCAUUCACAGACAGAAACCAACAAAAACCUGACAUUGCACUGGAUUUUUUUAAUCUUGCUUGUUUUUGUACUCUCUCCGUGUAUAAUCAUGUUUACUUCAUGUGUACAUGUCACGUUUAGCAAAAUGUAUGCACUCUUUCUAUUGUUUGCCAAAGCCUCUGUAUCGUGCUUCUGUUAUUAGCCUACUUCUGUUUAUUUGUCUGACUGUAAAUAUUGUAAAUAUAUUGAUAUCUAUAUGAAUGUUACGUGUAUUCCAAUCUGCAUUUAUUGACAGUACGAGUUAUUGAUAUUUUAAAAACGUCAGUGGACAGUAUUCAUCACUGUGAUACUACCUACUAUCUUUGCUUUACACAUUAUUAUUAUUAUUUAAUAAACAUUUGUUGAGGAAAAAGUGCUGUUUUUGAUAGCUUGAUUUGGCCCAUAGUGUAGCCAGUAAGAAAAUACCUCAUGUUAUUAAAUGUUAUUCUUAAUAAUAACAGCUUAUAUCGGAAUAAUCCCAUUUCUGAACAUUUGCCUGUAAGCGAUGGUAAAGAAUAUGGCUUUUAUAAUAAAACCUUACCACAAAAAUCAGA